AUGGCUUCGUAUGAACAGCAAGGAAAGCCUUUACCCAAAUUCGGGGAAUGGGAUGUAAACGAUCCCGCAUCAGCGGAAGGAUUCACUGUUAUAUUCAACAAAGCAAGAGAUGAGAAAAAAACUGGCGGAGGAGGAUCCACCCGAAUUAAUUCACAGCGAAGAUCUGAUUCGCGCAAGGAAGAUGAUAAAUCCGGCAAGAAAAAGUGGUUUUGCUUCAAACCAUAG